AUGUCUGCCGAACCGGGGAAAGAUGAAAAUGGCUCCAAAGAAAGCGGGACGGAAAGCGGGAUACUCACGCGGAUGAGUGACAACUGUAUCAUCAGUGACACGAGCUUUGACCUGAUUAUUUCUAAGUUGACAGCCAAUCAAUUGGCCGCUGCACCGGUGGACACUCCGCUGAU